AUGUCUCCACUGCCAGAAAAUACCCUCAUCGGAAUGUGCAAUCCAUUGUUGGACAUCCAAACCACCGUGGAGAAGUCAUUCCUCGACAAAUGGGGACUCAAGGAGAAUGACGCUAUUCUCUGUGACGACAAGCACAAUGACAUGUUCACCGAGCUCACCAGAGACUUCUCUGUCGAAUACAUUCCAGGAGGAGCUGCUCAAAACUCCCUUCGCGUUGCUCAAUGGAUUCUGAACAAUCCAAAUCGCACUGUUUUCUUUGGAGCCGUUGGCAAAGAUCAAUAUGGAGAGCUUUUGGCCUCUAAAGCUAAAGAAGCCGGAGUAAAUGUUCAAUAUCAGGUCAAUGAGACUGUGAAAACCGGAACUUGUGCCGCUCUUAUUAACGGAACUCAUAGAUCACUCUGUGCUCAUUUGGCCGCCGCGAACACCUUCACACAAGACCAUUUGCAAAAGGAAGAAAACCAAAAGAUCAUUGAACAAGCCAAGUAUUUUUACGUCACUGGUUUCUUCAUCACCGUUUGUCCACCAGCUAUUCUUCAACUAGCCAGCCACUCUGCUGAGUUCAACAAGACAUUCACGCUCAAUCUCUCUGCUCCAUUCAUUUCCCAGUUCUUCUUCGACAAGCUUUCCGAAAUCAUCCCACUGGUGGACGUGCUCUUCGGAAAUGAAGACGAAGCUGCUGCCUUUGCGAAAGCUAACGGAUGGGAAACUACCUGUGUCAAGGAAGUUGCUCUGAAAGCUGCUGCUCUUCCAAAGAAAUCCUCUAAGCCAAGAUUGGUUGUUUUCACUCAAGGACCAGAGCCAGUUAUUGUUGUCGAGGGAGAUAAGGUGACGGAAUUCCCAGUUACUCGCCUGGAAAAGGAAGAGAUCGUUGAUACCAACGGAGCCGGAGAUGCUUUCGUCGGAGGAUUCCUUUCACAAUUCAUUCAAGGAAAGGGAAUCGAGGCUUCAGUCACCUGCGGAUCAUAUGCUGCCCAAGAAAUCAUCAAGAAACACGGAUGCACCGUGCCAUCUGUAUGCAAAUAUCAUUAG